AUGUGGACCUCGGCUGAGCACGACCGUAUGCUUGAGGGCCUUCGUCUCUUCAAGCGCGACUGGGCAAAAGUCACCAGCUUUGUUGGCACACGUUCCGCCGCUCAAGUUCGCUCCCAUGCCCAAAAGUACUUUGACCGAGUCGCCCGCGAUAAGACCGACGACUACGUCCCGAGGGCACGUCCCAAGAGAAAGUCUGCCACCCCGUAUCCCCGCAAGGCCAGGGAUCACCCGUCGGCUCCCCGCAGCGCCCACCACCAGCCCACCCAUCUCUCGCAUCCCACCCAACUCCCGCAUCCUGCAAACCCUACCCAUCAUCCCAUGUCCGUCCCGGUCCAGUCAAUCGCCAUGCCCCCACACCCUCAGACCAUCUCUCAUCCGCAUCACAUCCAACAUCCUUUCGUUCCACUUCAUCUCGCAAAUCAGUCCCCGCUCAUCCAGCAGCUCCCAGUCAAUUCCCCGUGCUUGUCUCAACCGUCUCCAUCUAACAUCCCACUUCAGCAAGCCAUUCCGCAGCAUGUUUAUUCGCCUUACGUAUUCUAUCCCUCUCCGUCUUCAGGGCAAGAUCCCGCACACAUGCGCCCCUCCCCUGUUCCGCAACCGUCUCCGGCAUCGUUCCUCGGCAGCCCGUACACUAGACAUUCUCCUGCACCCCAUAUCCAAGCUACAGCUACAAAUCAGCAGGUCUUCAACAUGUUUUCCCCGCUCACUCCGGCCUCUUUUGCCUCUACAGUCACCCAGUUAUCAGCGAUGAAUCAUCUUCAAAUGGCCCUGGUUGCAGCUCCUCAUGUCCAGCCUCGACCUGUUUCGCAACAACACUUUCCCACUCAUUCACACCCAGGGGGACCUAUGGAGAACUGCACAAAGUGUGCUGCACUUCAACGCUACGGCAACGUACUGCAGGAGAUAGGAGAAAUUCGUCAACCUCAAAUGACGUCACACACUCCAAACGAUGAGAACCCACGUUUCCCAUCCCUACGGGCAGAUCUAGCCAUGCCGGUCUCCUGCUCUGGACAGAAGAGUCAAAAGAGCAAGAGACAACUUUCCAAUGAUGAGACCAAGGAAUCAACCCGUCAACCUUCUUCAUUUCACCAUGGCUCCGCCAUCUCCUCGGAUAUUACCGGAAGUCCUGGUUCGUCCCCUGCCGCAGAAUGUCUCGACCAGAAUGAGGCUGCUGCAAGAGGAGCAGCAGGCCAUCGCGCCAGUCGGGCCAAGGUCAUGAAAGAGCGCAAGGCCAGGGCGAUGGUGUCGGGGAUGAGACCCAAGUCGCCAAGCCCUGUUCAGGGCGAGGAGUCGAAUGAAUCCUUCAACUCAUCUCAUACAAGGCGGGAGGGGGAAGUCUCUAGAAGAAACAAGGGCGACCGAAGUACACGGGCAGACUCGGUGAAGUCCAAGGACUCGCAAAAGCGACAGUCUAAGAUCAGAUCAAUUCCCCAGAAUUCUACCACGAAGAGGAGAUCAAGUGGUUCGGCCGAGUCACGGCCCGCGAAACGUCCGAAAAGUCGGGAUCAGUCUGCUGAUUCUGGCAAGCAGAUGACCUCGGAAGACAUGUCAUCGACGCGUCCCGAUAUGAAUAGGAAGACAGCGCGCAGAAGUGAAAGAACGUCCACACCUCGUACUGGGCAAGCUGGUGACGCUAAUGAAGGCAGCAAUUCCAAGAGCAAUUCUUCAGGGGGGAAGGUUUACUCUCCAAGCGAGCGCAAGGCGAUCUUUGAUGCUGUCAAGUCACUGCAAAUUCUGGCGAAGACAUCGUCUUCAUCACCAGAACCAAAUUAAGUCCUUUCGGAAACAGGAGAUGUUAUCUUAUAAUAGGGUUGUAGCUUCCGGGCAGCACCUGCACGUCGCCUCACGUCGCCCUGUUUUUCUGUGCGUAGCGUGCCUUGUAAAGCGUUGGUUUUAAAA